UUGGAUGAGUGGUGGAGGGAGGGUAUAUUCCAAACAAGGGCCGACGAAGUUCCAACAACGAAAGAAGCCAAAAACAAUCCCAUCUGCUUCUUCUUCUUCCUCUUCUCCUUCUUCUUAAUUACCUUCAAUUCAGUUGAUCGACUCACUCUGAACCAAGGCUAUAAUAAACGACAUGUCUCUGCUUGGAAAUGUAUCCGCUACCGGAAAUUCUGUAGUAAUGACUAGUAGUCUUUCAAGAGAUUAUUAUUUUAACACCACCUCAGGGAGAACAGAUGUCUUGUCUUUUAGACACGGUGAUAUUAUGGGCCAUCGACUGCAAUUCCGAUCGAGAACCAACAAGAUUACUGUCUGCCCUUUCAAGGUGGUCUGCGUGGACUAUCCAAGACCAGAGCUUGACAACACAUCUAACUUCUUGGAAGCUGCUUACUUGUCUUCAACCUUCCCAACCGCCCCUCGUCCGGCUAAGCCCUUAAACGUUGUAAUUGCUGGUGCAGGCUUGGCUGGUCUAUCCACUGCUAAGUAUUUGGCUGAUGCCGGUCACAAGCCGAUUUUGCUUGAAGCCAGAGACGUUCUUGGUGGAAAGGUAGCAGCUUGGAAAGACCAGGACGGAGAUUGGUACGAGACAGGGUUACACAUAUUUUUUGGAGCUUACCCAAAUGUACAGAACCUGUUUGGAGAGCUAGGGAUUAAUGAUAGAUUACAGUGGAAGGAACAUUCUAUGAUAUUUGCAAUGCCAAACAAGCCUGGAGAGUUUAGUCGCUUUGACUUCCCAGAUGUGUUGCCUGCACCAAUAAAUGGAAUUUGGGCUAUCUUGAGGAACAAUGAAAUGCUGACAUGGCCCGAGAAAGUAAAAUUUGCAAUUGGACUCUUGCCUGCAAUGUUGGGUGGACAAGCUUAUGUUGAGGCUCAAGAUGGACUUAGUGUUCAAGAUUGGAUGAGAAAGCAAGGCAUACCGGAUCGAGUUACCACUGAGGUGUUUAUUGCCAUGUCGAAGGCAUUAAACUUCAUCAAUCCAGAUGAACUUUCAAUGCAGUGUAUUCUUAUUGCUCUGAACCGGUUUCUUCAGGAAAAGCAUGGUUCUAAGAUGGCAUUUUUAGAUGGCAGCCCGCCUGAAAGACUUUGCAAGCCAGUUGUUGACCAUAUUGAAUCACUAGGUGGCCAAGUCAGACUUAAUUCACGGAUACAAAAGAUCGAGUUAAACAAGGAUGGAACUGUUAAAAACUUUUUACUGACUGAUGGGAAUACCAUCAAAGGGGAUGCUUAUGUAUUUGCUACUCCAGUUGACAUUCUGAAGCUUCUUUUGCCCGAAGAUUGGAAACCGCUUCCAUACUUCAAAAAGUUGGACAAAUUAGUUGGUGUUCCGGUUAUAAACGUUCAUAUAUGGUUCGACAGGAAGCUCAAAAACACUUAUGAUCACCUACUUUUCAGCAGGAGCCCUCUUCUUAGUGUAUAUGCUGACAUGUCUGUUACGUGUAAGGAAUAUUAUGAUCCGAAUCGGUCAAUGUUGGAAUUGGUUUUUGCACCUGCAGAAGAAUGGAUUGCACGCAGUGACUCUGACAUUAUUGAUGCCACAAUGAGUGAACUUUCAAAACUCUUUCCUGAUGAAAUUGCAGAAGAUGGGAGCAAAGCAAAAAUAUUGAAAUAUCAUGUGGUAAAAACUCCAAGGUCGGUUUAUAAAACUGUACCGGAUUGUGAACCUUGCCGUCCGUUGCAAAGAUCUCCAAUAGAAGGAUUCUAUUUAGCUGGUGAUUACACGAAACAAAAGUAUUUGGCUUCAAUGGAGGGUGCGGUUUUGUCAGGAAAAUUUUGUGCCCGAGCUAUUGUACAGGAUUACGAGUUGCUUGCUGCGAGGGGGGAAGUGAUGGCUGAAGCAAGUCUGGUGUAAAGAUGACGUGGCAAGUUGAAAUUCGAUAAAAAACACUCAUCCAUAGAACUUAUCUUGUAUUUCAUUACUUUAUACAUGCAUUGAUUAAACAGUAUUUAAUAUCUAUAAAUGAGCACAGGCGUUUGUUGUGAAAA